UGUACCACGCCCAGAACUGGGGCUGUGUGCGUGUGUGUGUGUGUGUGCGCGAGUCUUAUUGAGGGGCUUUUCUGCGUGUGCCCUUUUGGACCCGGCAGGCUGAGUAGCUUUGCCCUUGCUGUCAUAUAAACCUUUUUUCUAGAUCGUUUCUCUUGCCUUAACUCCCUCUCCUCCCCCCACAAACCAACACAUCACAUCCCUCAAUGUCAUCCGGUCAAAAGAAAGGUGCCUAUGGCAUUGUCGAAGCGAAAAAGUCUGGACGAUGGGACAUGGAAGAGAUGGAAAAGCGUGCCAAGGAGAGAGCUCAACGAGAAAAAGAACUUCGUGAAGACGAUGAGCUGCGUGCACUAGGAAAAUCCGCCAAGAAAAAGACUUCGAAAUCAGCGCCGACAGAAGAGGCUAUCGCCGCCGAGAAAUCCGAACGCCUCAUCCUCGAAUCCGCCAUCGGAAAGACCCAAGUCGUCCAGGGCGGUCCCACAGGAAGGGCUCCGGGAUUUUAUUGCAAAGUCUGCGAUUGUGUCCUCAAGGACAGUGCCGCAUAUAUGGAUCACAAGAAUGGAAAGAAACAUCUCAAGAACCUUGGCGUCAACACAAAGGCCGUACGGGAGGAUGUGACCGAUGUCAUUGCCAAACUUGAGUCCAUGAAACGGAAAGCAGAGGCCCCUCAAAAGGACAAGUAUGAUCUCGAUGCUCGUCUCGAAGAGAUUAAGCGACAGGAGGAUCGGGAAAAGGCAGAGAAACGGGAGCGAAAGAGACAAAAGAAGAAUGAAAAGAAGACAGACGAGACGUUGGAUGACGGAGGCAUGGACCCGGCCAUGGCAGCCAUGAUGGGCUUUGCAGGCUUUGGAUCCUCAAAGUCAUGAUUGAUACUACAAAUAAAAAAUAUCUUCAUUCACGACA